CGCAACAUGAAGCGAAAUGGGAGUCGUGGCUGUGUAACGAGAAAGACCAGAUUUGGAUCAAGAGAGCGGGACUGGCUAAAGGGGGACACCCAGCGGGGCUGUGUGUGUCUGUAUGGGGGGACAGUGGACCCCCAGCCACCUGCCUCUGGCCCACAGGCCUCCUCCACCCCUCAGACAGACCUGCAAUUGGUGCUCUGCUCCACCAAUACCACAGUGGAGGAGCUGUGUGCUCAGAGGGACGGACAGGGACUCUAUGUUCAGCUGCAUGGAGACCUAGUCAGGAGGCUGGACCCCUCUGAGCGUCCGCUCCAGAUGCUGUAUGACUACCUGGCGGCUAUGGGUUAUCCAGAGCCUGUACGAGUGCAGCAAGAAGCAGCCAACUCAGACCUUAGCUGUUUGAUCCGUUUCUACAGUGAGCGUCCAGCCUCCAAUGCAGACCAGCAGGAGCGCACCCUGCUGAAAGGCGUGUUCAGCGUCAGGAAGGGCAAGUCGCAGCUGCACAAGUGGGCAGAGCGGCAGGUCAUCCUCUGUGGCACCUGUCUAAUCGUGGCCUCCGUCAAAGACAGCCUGACUGGAAAGAUGCACAUCCUGCCCCUGGUGGGAGGAAAGGUGGAGGAGGUGAAGCGGAGGCAGCACUGUCUGAUGUUCAGCUCGGCCGGAUCACAGGCCCAGACAUACUUUGUCAACUUUGACACACUCGCAGACUACCAGCGAUGGCAUCGGCAGGCAUCAAAAGUGGUGGCCCAGACAGUCAGCCUGGUGGACCUGUCCUGCUACAGUCUGGAAGCAGUGCCUGAAUAUCUAUUUUACAGUCAGGAUAUCACCCACCUUAACCUAAGACACAACUUCAUGAGCAUUCAGGGGCCUGGAGGCCUGCUCAACCUCCCCAGGUUUUCUCAGCUGAAGAGCCUGAACUUGUCUCACAACCGUCUGGGUGUGUUCCCUGAAUGUGUGUGUGAGAUCCUCACCCUGACGGAACUCAACCUCUCCUGUAAUAGUCUGCACACGGUCCCUGUACAGAUAGGCAACCUUCAAAGCCUGCAGACGCUGUCUUUGGAUGGAAACCACCUCAGCUCCCUGCCUGAAGAGCUGGGUGGCCUGUCCCAGCUGAACGGCCUGGGACUCUCCUUCAACAACUUCUCUCACAUCCCUGCUGUUCUGGAGAGGCUGAGUGCAGUGGACAAGCUGGCCAUGGCUGGGAACAGAGUGGAGAGUCUGGAGUUGUGUACUCUGGCCAGAAUGAGCCACCUGAAAAACAUCGACCUCCGAUUGAAUGGGCUGCACUGGGUGAAAAGUGAGAGUCUCGAGGCAGUGAGCCAGGUGACCCAGCUGGACUUACGGGACAAUUGCUUGGACUCACUAGACCUGAGCUCCAUCUGCAACCUGGAGACUCUGCACUGCGAGCACAACCAGCUGGGGACACUCACACUCAGCGGUUUCACACUGCGCAUGCUUCAUGCCAGCAGCAACCACCUUACAACAGUCAACAUCUAUCCAGUCCCUAACCAGCUGACGCACAUGGACCUAUCACAGAACCUUUUGGAGUACCUUCCGGACUGGGUGUGUGACUGCAGAAAAGUUGAGAUGCUGGACGUCACGCACAACUUGCUGUCGGAGCUCCCUUCCAGACUGCUCAACAGCUUGAGUUUGAGAAAGCUGCUGGCGGGAAACAAUCGUUUACAGAGAGUGCCUGACCUACUUGACCACAUCCCUCUGGAAGCCCUAGACCUUCAGCAUAACAAGCUAGCCGAGCUCCCUGAGAAUCUCUUUUCCAAGGCCUUAAACCUAAAAUACUUAAAUGUGUCAGCCAAUGCCCUGGACAGUAUCCCUCCCAGCAGCCCAUCAGAGGAGAGCCUCAGCACACUCCAGGAGCUCUACCUGACGGGAAACAACCUGAAUGAGAACUGCGGUGCUCUGUUGGUUGGACACCAGAACCUGCGGGUCCUUCACAUUGCCUACAACCAGUUGCUCUCCUUCCCUGCCAGUAAACUGAGUAAACUGGAACUGCUGGAAGAGCUAAAUCUAAGUGGCAACAAGCUAAAGACUAUCCCCUCCACUGUGUCCAGCUGUAAGAGACUGCACACCCUCAUAGCACACUCCAACCACAUUACUGUCUUCCCAGAGAUCCUCAACCUGCCUGAGAUCAAGCUUGUAGAUCUAAGCUGUAAUGAGCUGACUGAGAUCCAGCUGCCCGACUCGCUGCCUGCCACUUUGCAGGAGCUGGACCUGACAGGCAACAGCAGCCUGAUGCUGGAACACAAAACUCUCAACCUCUUCAGUCACAUCACCACCUUGAAAUUAGACCAGAAAUCCGGCACAACAGCAGCAGACUCACAGAGUGCCUCCACUCCAUGGAAACACGGUUACUCUGAAAUGAGCGGCCAAAGGAACAAGUUGUGUGUGUCUGUGCUGGCUGUAGACCGGUUUGGAGAUGGUGUGGAAGCAUGUUAUGGCAUCUUUGACGGAGAUCGCAAUGAGGAAGUGCCUCGGCUGCUGCAGUGCACCAUGGGAGAUGUGCUGUGCGAGGAACUGCAGCACUCCAAUAUUGACAAUGUGUAUAUGUGCAACACUUUCCUCACCUCACACAGGAAACUAGGAAUGGCAGGCCAGAAGCUGGGUGCUUCUGCCUUGCUGUGUUAUAUUCACCAUGAGCCUUCAGAUCCAGGAGGCCACUUCAGCCUCACCGUGGCCAAUGUGGGCACUUGCCAGGCAGUGUUGUGCCGGGAUGGCCGACCUGUACCUCUCUCUAAGGUGUACAGCUUGGAGAACUGCACUGAGGAGAUGGAGAGAGUCAAACUCAGUAAAGCCAUUAUUACCGAGGAUAACAAAGUGAGUGGAGUGACAUGCUGCUCUCGCCUGCUGGGCUGCUCUUAUCUGUCUCCCUGGGUGGUACCAAAGCCCUGGGUGCACACUGAGCCCCUGUGUUCCCGGGAUGAGUUCUUGAUCCUGGGGAAUCGUGCGCUGUUUGAACGAGUCUCCUACCAGGAAGCCGUGUGCACGGUACAGUCUGUGCGGGAUCCUCGUGCUGCUGCCAAGAAGCUGUGUUCACUUGCUCAGAGUUAUGGUUGCAAAGACAACAUCGAGGCUGCGGUGGUGUCCCUGCAUAUUGGUGAGGACAGCUGUACCUGUGAGCCACCUGUCUCCACAACUGAAGCACGGGGUCCCCCUCCCGCCCCUGUGCCUAUACCUGUGCCUGUGACUGUGACUCCAGGCCCCAGUGACCCAGCCCCCCUUUCAUCCAGCAGUGGUCUUGUCUCCGAGUUCAACAGUGAGACAUCCGCCUCAGAGGUGGGCAGCGAGGCGGGGUCCACCGCUUCAGACGAGCACCCAUCCUCUGGCCCCGCAUCCCGCCCAGAGAGGCGCUGUAGCCUACACCCUGCUACUACACUGUGUGGGAUCAUGGUACCAGGCUCAGUUGGGGCAGGACCCCACCUAGGCCUAUUCCAGCGGCAGCCCUCCUGUGCUACGUUCUCGAGUAACCACUCCGACAACGGCUUGGACAGUGAUGAUGAAGCUCCGCUUGAGGGUGUGAUCUCCAAUGGCAGCAAGUUAGAAGUGGAGGUAGACAUUCACUGUUGUGCUUUCCAACUACGGUCCAAAGACUUGGACCUUGAAAAGCAAGGCUCCGACUAUCCCAAUGGCAAAAUGCGCAGACAGAACAGCGUGGUGGUCUCUGCUACAAACGGCUGCCUGCUGGCUGUAUGUGGGAGAGAGAUUGCAGACCUCAAAAAGUCUCCUUCUACGUCCAGCCUGUUUGGGAAGAAGCUGUCCAAUGGCUCCGUUGUAGCCCCCGAGGACAGUCAUAAUCUCAUUGAGGUGGCGCUGGAGGCUCCGAAGAAGAAAUCUGGCUACUUCACUGCCCCAGCACAGCAGGACCCCGAGGAUCAGCUCAUUGUGCCUCCUUGUCUGGAGCAGGAAGUCAGGGAGCAGUUAAGAGGCCAGAGCCCUCUAGUCUCAGGCCCCCCCUUACCAUCCAUACCCCCUUCCUUAAAAGACCCCGUGUGGGAUCAUCCACACCCCCCUGCAUUUGCCUCCAACUUGGUCCCAGGUCCAGGCCCGGUCUCCAUUCUACAACAGGAAGUCUAUGAUACUGCCCUCUAGAGGAGGGACACAGCACAGCACCAUGUGGCUGGAAUAAUGUGAUUGUGCCAUUCCAGGGAAGAAGAAGAGACUUUUCUCAUACAUGGGGGAUAUUCUGAUUCAAGUUGCCAUUCAGAUCUUUUGUGAGGACAAGAAAGACCUGCGGGAUCUUGAUAGUGAAGCUGCGCCAAUAAUGUGAGGAAAAAAGGAAGAAGAAGAAGAAGAAAGAAAAUAGGGGUGACCAAAAUCCCAGUUCAUAACAUGACGUUGUUUAAAGGAUAGUUGGCUAUAGUUGACCAAAACAAUCUGACUUGAUAUGGGGUACCUCAUGUGUUCAAACAUGUCAGCAACAUUUCCCUUUACUUGGAAGGCAAGAAAUCUAGAGGUUAGGGUACGGGAGAUUGUGUUCAGUGAGGUCAAAUCUCCUCUCCGCGGUCUCUCAUGUCAUGGAGAAAAAGCCCUGUGACUGAAACUUGAAAAAGUGCCUACUGCAGACGACUCAGCCUAGAGCUCCCCACAUCCAGGCUGUGUUUGGGGAUGUCUUAGUUAAAUUUAUAGGAGGGACAGGGUCUCCAAGAGACCAGCACUGGCACAGCUUCUGCUCUCCUCCUCCUUCUGUGGCUUACAAAUGAAAUCAGACAGUAUAAAUCUUUGUAAGGCACAUAGGUCUAGAAGAUGUGAAGACAAAAUAUCUGCAUCUACAUCGUCAGAAACAUUAUGGUUGGGUUUUAUUUUUAACAUUCCCACACAAUAUGUAUAGAAUCUUCUAUACAGGAUAAAUCACUUCUAUACUGAGCAGUACAGUCUCUCAAAUAGCAGCCGACUGACGUGGCGUGCUGGAGCUGCUGACACCGAGAUUGGAAAGUAUUGCUAUUUAGAGCAAUGCAUUUUGAAUAGCUAUCAAAAAUAAUAUCAGACAUUCAACUGUUCAAAAGUCCUUAUAACAGUGUAAUCUGAGACAUCAAAUGAUCUACUUAAAAUUUCAAUUUAGUCAGUUUUAUGGAAAGAUAAUCGACCCCAGGAUGUUUGGAAAUCAUUUUAAACUUGAACAAACAAGUCGAGGCACAAAAGGGAAUUAUUGUCGAGAGGUAAAGGAUAUAAUCAGUAUUUGUAUGUACUGUAAGAUAUGACCACUGGUACUAAGAUUGUACAUUUUAGUGUAUCCAAACUUCGGAGGCUGCUAUCUUUUUAAAUAUAUAAACAUCCAUCCACGUCCUUUGCAGGCAGUUUCAGUUAUUGAGAUAUUUGUUCAGCUUUGCUCUCUGAUGCACUGCCCACACAUCCAGAUUACUUUCAGGAUGUGUUAUUUUAGCCCAUUAUAAACAGAACCAAAACCCUAUUUUGUUGUAUUCUGUACGAUCUGGUCUGUGAACAUAGGAUGUCAUGCAGUUAGACCCACAGCUCUACAAGUAUGCACAGACAUUUGGGACAUAGAAACCAAAUAUGUCUUUCUCUAAUAUGAUAUGAUUCUCAUUUGCACUCCCAUAUAUUGCUAUAUGCCAUUUCUUGAUCAGGGGGCAAUGCGUAUGUAGAGUUCAGAUCACACAGUUGAUAUAAAAAUCAGUGCAGCAGCAGUACAAUAGGUGUUGCAAUAAGAAUGCACUGGCUCAAUCCCUUACUAUAAGUAAGUAAUGUAUUUUUCUCAUUUAGUCACAUACAGUGCUUCAGCAGCUGGUAUCAUCUGCUCACAAUCUGUUUUUUCUUAUAAUAUUUGUAGGACCAAUCAUACUUAUCUCAGCUGAAAGUAAACAACUACAUUAUUAUUUGAAUUAUCAGGUAACGAUUAUGGAGCCCUGGAAACCUCAGUUUGUUUCCAUUCCCGAACCGUUCCCACCUUGUGCCAAAAGAGUAAGCAGCUCUGCCGGGGCUGCUGUGGUGAUAAGAAGGCCAAAGUUGGGUAAUUGCUCAUGCCAGUGAUUACUACACUAGAUAUUUAUUUUUGGUUGCCACUCCGAGGCAGUAGUGGUGCAGUUUUUUGGCAUUCCACAGCUGUUGCAUAGCUGGACCUUUCAAUGUUCCCUUUUAGCCUUAAAGUAAACAUUACUCAGUGUUUUUGAAAGGAGAAGCCCUUUGUUUCAUCCCACUCAUGUUCUGUUUGUGACUGAGGUCUUCAGCGCCGGAGGUGUUGUUUAUUAAAGCAGCCUCUCCGCCCUUUCCUUGCUCCCCAGGAAUGAGUGAUAAGUCAGUGAUGAAGCCUUAAUUGAUGUGUGAGUCUGAAUCUUUUCUUGUAUUUUGCAAGUUUUUGUCUCACAUGGUUUAAAGCACUUUGUACAUAGAAAAUAGUGAUAUUCAGAGUUAUGUAUAUUUGAGUUUAAUAUAUGAGAUAUUGUUCAGCAUAGUGUGCUGGGAUUAUUGUGGCUUCCCUCAGUCCAACAUAUCACCUCUUGUCUAAGAAUACAUAGCCAACAGAAAUUAUGAUAACGUAAACAAUUCAUUUACAGCAGUAUGUGUUUUUAGUAUGACAAACAUUUCUUAUUUUACUAAAGUGUUUUGCUUUUUAAUUACAUUUAAACUUGCUGUUAACUACUCUCAAACUAUAUGCCAACAUUACUCGUACUUAAAUAUAAAUAAUUAAGCCCCUCCUGGCAGAACAUGAGGAAAUACAGUUAUUGUUGUUAAUCAUUUAUACCCCAGUGUUGAUAUUUGGAUUCCUAAACAUCUGGCAUACAUGAAAAAUGUUUUUUUUAAUUCCUCCAUAUUAAUAACAAGUAAUGAAAACAUUAUUCUAUGGUAAUAAUUACUAUAAUCCACAUCAAAGCUGGUAUUAUAAUUAUGCUUAUUAUUUAGAAUUCAGUCACUGAUUUCAACUAACAUUUUAGAUUUUAAAUUAGAUUUAGAAAAGCUAUAAAAACAGAUUAUGAUUGUGAAUAAUAUUGGUACACAUCUGAAAUCAGUUGGAAGACUGAACUGUUAAACAGUUCUGAGAGGAAAGAUUUAACUUUCUUAAGGUUUAAAACAAAAUGGUGGGAAUUCACUCACACAAAUAUGCAA